AUGACAAGUCAUCAUCAGGGCGGCAAAUAUCAGGCCAGGGCGCCGCCAAUUGUUAAGAAUCUUUCACUGGCCGCCGCUGCAGUUCCCCUGCCACUCUCCCUGCCCAUGUCCUCCUCCUCCUCCUCGUCGUCCAACUCCAAUCACCACAAUACACAUACAACCUCACCAUUAUAUUUCACCCAAGUGAUGCCUUCAGCAUCGGCAGCCAGUGUGGAACAUCAGCAUCCCUAUAGCACUGAAUUGGAUGGAGCGGAACACAUGGGAAAUGCUGGUGACAAUGGCAGCUUUCUCAUCGAGGAGAUUAUCGACGAUGAAGCAAACAUUGUCGUGGACACCGGCGAGUUUUUCAUUGCCGGCGAUGUUUACGAAUAUUACCCAGUGGAUCGCAUCGCCUCCUCACUGCCUCGCAUGGCCACCGCGGAUGCUUUGCCGCCGCCCAUAAUCAUGCAACAGCAGGAGCUCGGCAGCGAUGAAGAAGAGGAUGAUGACGACGACGAUGAUGAGGAUGUGGAGCAACAAAUGGAUGGCGAUAUGCGUUUAUCGUCGGGCGAUGAGGAGGAAGAGGAGCUGCCCAUGUUGCAACGCGAUGCAAAUGCCUUUGAUAUUGCUUCCGAAAUGCUAACCACCAUUGAGGCAACGGCCGAGACCAUCAAGGAGGAGCAGCUCGAAAAUGAUUACUAUAUGAAGUCCACAGAUGAUUCCAACAGCUGUCAUGUGCAGGACUUUAAACCCUUUGGUCGCAUGCAGCGUCAGACAAACGCCAGCGCAUGCAACACAACCAUUAAUGGUGCCAAUGGCAGCACAAAGCGUUGGAAACAAACUAAAGUUCCCAUUCGCAUCACCGAGGAUCAGUUUAAUGUUACGCUCUGGUCGUCCCUCAACUCUGAGGAUGAGGACGACGAUGCAGAGCUGGAAAUGGAGAAUGCACAUGGUCAUCAGAUAAUCACAACGUCGAGCAAAGCGAAUGUCAAGCCAAAAAUGAUUAUCGAUCAUAUGAUACACCAUGAUGUGCUUAAUGAUGGCAUUGGCAAUGAAUAUGUCAUAUUACCGGAUCCAUUUAGUGCCGCAGCUGUCACCGAUGUCGAGGAGGUGGUCAAUGCCUAUAUGCGUGAUGACGAGGACAUCGAUGGCGAUGCGGAUGAUAUCAAGCAACAGCUGGAAGACGACGAAGAGGAGGAGGACAGUCAAUCGCUAAGCGAGCAAUAUCAGCUGGAUGAAGCAUAUGGGAGCAUUGAGCUCAUUGAGAAUAUGCCGCAUCCCGUUGAGCUAAUGACUGCGCCCGCUGCCUGCACACCUGCUAAUCCCAUAAUCACCAGCAACCCGAACACAGCGCCCGCUUUGAGUGGAGCGACAUUGCCAAAGGGGCUGCCCAAGUUGGUAUUGCAAAACAGCAGCACAAAUGUGCGACUGAAAGCGAACAACAACAAUGUGGGUGCCCAGAAGGCAACCACCAAGCGGCAGUUGAACGCACCGCCUCCAUUGGCAGCAACAGCAACACCAGGUGCUGCAGCAGCCGCCGCUGCCACCGCUGAGGACGAUGAGGAGCCGAAGUUUCGUUGCACACAUCGUGGCUGCAACAAGGAAUUCCGCAAUCACAGCGCCAUGCGCAAACACAUGCAUACGCAUGGGCCACGCGGUCAUGUGUGCAACGUCUGUGGCAAGAGUUUCGUGGAGAGCUCAAAGCUAAAGCGACAUCAGCUUGUGCACACUGGCGAGAAGCCCUUCGAGUGCACCUUCGAGGGCUGCGGCAAACGCUUCUCGUUGGACUUCAAUUUGCGCACGCAUGUGCGCAUACAUACGGGAGAUCGACCAUAUCAUUGCCCCAUCGAUGGUUGCUCCAAGUGCUUUGCACAGUCAACCAAUCUCAAGUCGCAUAUGCUGACGCACUCGAAGCCCAAACGUAAAUGGCCCCGCGCCCAGGGCGGCCAGAUGAACAGUAAAACACCAUUGGUGGCGCGCUAUGGACGACUGGAGUUUGGCGAGGAUCCCACCAUGGUGUAUGUGGAGUCCAACGAGGAGCUGGCGUCGGUGCUGCUGGAUAGUACGUCGACGCCGGCAUCCUAA